UGGGCACUGUUGCCUGGUGCCUAUGGCGGGGGCGUCGGGGGCAGGUGACGUCCUCUUGCUUCUGUAGCAGAGCUCCAGGCGCCUGCCGCAGUCAGCCCCCCGCGCGGCCAGGAGCGAGGAUGGAGAGGCCGGUGUUCAGGAGGCCCUUUUGUCAUCUGUCUACCUACAGCCUGGUUUGGGGCAUGGCAACAGUGGUACUGUGCACAGCACAAGUGGAAGUGUGGACCCAAGAUGAAAGAGAGCAGCUGUACACACCUGCUUCCUUAAAAUGCUCUCUGCAGCCUUCCCAGAACGUCUUGGUUGUGACAUGGCAGAAAAAGACGGCUUUAAGCCCAGAAAACGUAGCCACCUACAGUGAGAAACACGGGGUGGUGGUCCAGCCUGCCUAUAAGAACAAGUUAAACAUCACCCAGCUGGGACUCCAAAACUCAACCAUCACCUUCUGGAAUGUCACCUUAGAGGAUGAAGGGUGUUACAUGUGUCUCUUCAAUACCUUUGGUAUGGGGAAGAUCUCAGGAACAGCCUGUCUUCUCACCUAUGUACAGCCCAUAGUGUCCCUUCACUACAGUGCAUCUGAAGAUCGCCUAAAUAUCACUUGCUCUGCCACUGCCCGUCCAGCUCCCAUAAUCUCCUGGAAGGUCCCUGUGUCAGGUAUUGACAAUAGCACCAAGAUUUCUCCUCACUCGAACGGGACCACAUCUGUUACCAGUGUCCUUCAUGUCAAAGACCCCAAGAACCAGGUGGGGAAGGAAGUGAUCUGCCAGGUGCUGCACCUGGGCACGGUGACCGACUUCAGACAAACUCUGAGCCAAGGCUACUGGUUUUCAGUUCCGCUAUUGUUAAGUAUUGUUUCCCUGGUAAUUCUUCUGGUCUUAAUCUCAAUCUUAUUAUACUGGAAACGUCACCGGAAUCAGGACCGAGGUGAAGCCCUAGACGAGUCACACAGAAUCCUGAAAGUUAUUCCCUGGUCUACUUGAAUCUGACACACGAGGAAAGCAGGAGAGAAAAGGGCCAUUCUCGAAAGGACCUGAAAGAGCAAAAGAAGUGGGAGCGAAAGGCUUAAGGAUCCCACGACUUUCUACUGCCAUCUAAGCUACUCAGUGUUUGAGUUCCAAAAGGAAGUCAUUUUUACCUCUCAGGUCUGUUGUAGGACUUGAUUUUGUAAAGCAAUGCAGUGUUGUGCUGUGGAAAGGGCACUGGACUUUGAAUCAGGAGCGCUUAGCUCACGGGCUGACGUGGGCUUUAACUGGAGGGCCCCGAUGUUAGUCAUUUUACCUCAAUGAGUUUCUACGUUCUCAUCUGCAGUAUGAAGGUUGGACCAGAUAAUUUACCAUUACGCUCUAAAAUUUCAUGUAAUUCCAGAAAAACAAAAAAAGAAUAAGCAAAGGGGGAAGAAAUGAAAAAGAGAGUGAAGAAAGAACGCAGAAAGGUCCAAAGAACUUUUCUGAGACUACCUUUCAUCUUUCUGUUGAUAUUUCAUCUAUCCUUCCCAUAUUCUUAGGUCCAUGCGUCUGUUUCCCCAUCAUUUGGUAUCUAGUCCACUAUCUGCUUACGUGUUUUGCUAAUAGCUGCUGGCCUUGCUAGAACCCUUGGUUUCACUGCUGUUCUUCAUGUGCUUCCAUGAGGUUUACUAUAACAAACAUGGGACUGAAUUUAUUGUGAAAUAACAUUGGCAACCUUAGCUUACUCGUUUAACUUAUCUAUUUUUAUAGCAGGAUAAACAUUGUUAGUCUUAGACAAUAGCUCACAUUUUUACAAAAGCAUGCUUUCCUUCUCCAUUUGUCUUAUAAUAUGACCCAGUCCUAUUUUAGGUUAUAAACUUAGUCUAGUGUAAUUAAUAUAUAUUAUGAAAACAGAUGUUUAGGUGAUUUCCUGUUUAGCAGUCAGCCAAUUCAUAUGCUUUGUCUCUGCUGGAAUCUUUUUCCAUAGCAGAGGAGAAAAAUGUAAGUACACAGUCCCUUUGUUUUAAUGACAUUGUUCCAACUAGUGAAACAAUAUUAUAUCUUAAGUAGCUCUAAGACCAAAUUAGUUGCUGCUUCAGUAUCUUUUGCUUCGUCUGUAUCUAUCCAGUGAUUAGGAAUGAAACUGUAAGUUGUUUUGACUGUUGAAUUGGAUAUUUAUAUAUUUAGUAAGCUUUUCAUGUGUUAUUUAAUUCUGUAUUAUUUCUUAUAUUUGUAGUAAAAUAUUGAACAAUUAAAAGUGUCAACUCUAA